GACGUCGAACAUAUGAGAGGAUAAACAAGGCUAACCCAGACGUUGUGGGGGUUCGUGGGAAAUGGAUUUGUUAUUGCACGCGGAUUUGUUUUGUGUUAUUGUUUAGUUUAAUGAAUGAUAGCCAACCGAAGCUACACGUACUCGAAUGACUUGUUGGUUGGUGUUAUCGCGACGGACGAUUGGGAUCUUCGGCGGCGGCUGCUCACACUUUUUAUCAUCAUCAACAUUAGGAUGCAGAUUUGAAUCCAACAUGAGGAAGAUUCUGCACGUAGCCGAGAAAAACGAUGCGGCGAAAAACAUCGCAUCCAUUAUGUCUGGAGGUCGAUCGCAACGGCGCGAGGGCAUGUCGCGUUUCAACAAAAUCUACGAGUUCAACAUGAAUUUCCAAGGGCAGAACUGCAAGAUGGUGAUGACGUCUGUGUCAGGUCAUCUACUGGGUCAUGACUUCCCUGCCACCUACAGGGGAUGGAACUCGUGUAACCCUGUCGACCUUUUUUCUGCGCCCGUGGUCAAGUCGUGCAGCAAUGACAUGGAACCCAUCAAGCGGACCCUUGAGAGGGAAGUGAGGACUUGUGACACCUUGGUUAUUUGGACCGAUUGCGAUCGAGAAGGCGAAAACAUUGGCUUCGAGGUGAUUGACGUGUGCAAGGCCGCCAAGCCUGGGAUCCGCGUGCUGAGGGCUAAGUUCUCGCAGAUCACUGGUCAGGCGAUUCACAGAGCCUUAAACAAUCUGGUGCAGCCGGAUAAGAAUGUCAGUGACGCUGUCGAAGUUAGGAGUGAGCUUGACCUUCGAAUUGGCGCCUCCUUCACGCGAUUCCAAACUCUGCGUCUGCAGAAGCUUUUCCCUGGUGUCCUUAGUGAAGGUCUGAUUAGCUACGGAAGCUGCCAGUUCCCCACGUUGGGCUUUGUGGUGGAGAGGUACAAAUCAAUUCAGGAUUUUGUACAUGAGAAUUUCUGGAAAAUUGAAGUGAGCCAUGAGAAAGAUGGAGUUGUGGCCAGGUUCAACUGGGAGGAAGGCGAGCUGUUCGACGAGGAUGCAGCCAGGUGCCUGUAUGAGGCGUGCCAAGAGGUUAAUCUGGCCACAGUGGAUAACGUCCAGAGCCUGCCAAAGUCGAGGUGGCGACCAGUACCCCUUGAUACAGUCGAAUUGGAGAAAACUGCGUCGCGCAAGCUAAGAAUUAACGCCGCAGACACAAUGAAGAUUGCUGAGAAGCUCUACAACCAGGGACUGAUCAGCUACCCAAGAACAGAGACCAACAUUUUCCCCAAGGACCUGGCUCUAGUGCCACUGGUGGAAAUGCAAACCAAUGAUCCUAACUGGGGUGCGUUCGCGCAGCGAGUUCUGCAGGAUGGGCCAAACCCUCGGCAAGGCAAAAAGUCUGAUCAGGCGCAUCCACCGAUUCACCCAACCAAGUACAGCAACUCACUGCAAGGCAAUGACAAAAAGGUGUACGAACUAAUAGUUCGACACUUUUUGGCCUGCGUGUCCAAGGAUGCUAAAGGACAUGAAACGAAGGUGUUCAUCUCUAUUGGUGAUGAAAAGUUCCACGCAAAGGGACUAAUGGUUUUGGAGAGGAAUUACCUGGAAGUUUACAUCUACGAUCGUUGGUCUGACACAGAAAUUCCUGUUUACAACGUAGGAGAACAAUUUGUGCCGACAACUCUUGACUUUCGAGAUGGAGAAACUUCGGCUCCUAAUCUUCUGACUGAGCCAGAACUCAUCUCCUUAAUGGAGAAGCACGGAAUCGGAACGGACGCCACGCACGCUGAGCACAUCGAGACAAUAAAAAAGCGGAACUACGCCGCGCUCACCAAUCAGAGCUACUUCAUCCCUCAGCAGCUUGGCAUGGCACUGGUUGAAGGCUACGACAGCAUGGGUUUUCACAUGUCCAAACCUUAUCUCAGGGCAGAGCUUGAAGCUGAUUUGAAAAAAAUAUGUGAAGGCAGGAAAAACGCGCAGGUUGUGCUUCGAGAGCAAAUUGCCAGAUACAAGGAGGUUUUCCAGCAGGCAGUCGCGCAGGUGAACAAAUUAGACGAUGCUGUAGAACAGCAGCUUGGAGUGCAGCGGGAUGCGAAUGCCGUGGUGCAACUUCCGGUCGCGGUGGCUGACCUUAAGUUUGCCUCUUGUCCAGCUUGUGGACAUGAUUUGAUCGUGAAGCAGAAGAGGGACAAUAGUGAGUUCUACGUCAGCUGUUCUGCGUAUCCAGCGUGCAGAAAUUCCAUCUGGUUUCCUUCUGUGGUCAAUAGAGUUCAAGUCACAGACCAGAUUUGCAGACAGUGUGGGCCAAACACGAAACUUCUCUACUUCAAACUGCGCAGAGGAGAACUGGAUGUUUUCUACCCUUCUUCAGAGUGCACAACCUGUGUGAUGGGCUGUGACACAGCGUUCUUUAACAAUCUUGGCAUCAGGGGGUUUGCUCCUCGCCAACCAGCCCUUAGACCUGCAGCUGGUAACGAUGAUGGAGGAGAUGACCCUGAUGAUGGCUUUGGACCUGGUGGGGAUGGAGGAGGUGGCAGAGCCUUUCAGACCCAGCCUCGCCGUCCUAACAAUCCGACCAGAGACAGGGUGUGGACCAUUGGGCCUAUGGGAGACUUUGGGGGACAACCACCCGAAGACACUGUACGCUGCACUUGCAACAACAGCCCUGCGGCUGUCAUGCGCAGUGUCCGCAAAGAAGGGCCAAACAAAGGACGCCAAUUUUGGAGCUGUGAGAAACCUAUGGGACAGAGCUGUGGCUUCUUCAAAUGGGCUGACGAAGUUGGAGGAGAGCAGCCUCCUCCUCCGCCACCACCUUUGUUCAUACCUUUCGCAGACAAUGGUGAUGAUCAGGGAAGUGUUAUGUGCAACUGCAACGUGCCUGCAGCAAUGAGGACUGUACGGAAAGAAGGAGCAAAUCAGGGUCGUACCUUCUGGAGCUGUGAUAAGUCAAAUAACGGCUGCGGUUUCUUCAAGUGGACCGAUGAAGAAGUCCAGCAGCCACGAACUGUGCCAACAAUGCCGCCGCCUCCAGCAAAUAACAGCAGCGGGGAUGUCUUAUGCUCUUGCAACGCGCCAGCUGCCAUGAGAACAGUGCGGAAAGAUGGUCCAAAUCAAGGUCGACAGUUUUGGAGGUGUGGCAGUGGAGACAACUGCAAUUUCUUUCAAUGGGCGGACGAGGAUGGGCCAAGCACAACCCAAAGCUGGCAGCAGCAGGAAGUUCAACGGCCGCCAACGGUGCCAACAAUGCCGCCACCUCCACCAAAUAACAGCGGCGAGGAUGUCUUAUGCUCUUGUAAUGCACCUGCUUUUAUGAUGACGGUCCGUAAAGAAGGACCGAAUCAAGGUCGACAGUUCUGGAGGUGUGGCAGUGGCAACAAGUGCAAUUUCUUUCAAUGGGCUGAUGAGGAUGUGCCCAGUGCAGGUCAAAGCUGGCAGCAGCCGUCUUCAACCUGGCAAAACAAGAAAACCACUGGAAAGAGAAAAUGCAGUAUUUGUCAUAAAGAAGGUCACACGAAAGUCAAAUGCCCAAACAGAAACGGAUCUUGAAGCUAGGGAAUUGAACUGACGUUUGCCAUAUUCUUCAAAUUCGCCAAGUGUUAAUUCACUCUGAGAUGCGCAUCAUUGUUCCUUGUAUUUGUAGUUAA